UGAAAAUUUCUCUAUGUAAAUGGGAUCAGUGUUAAAUCAGCAAUGUGCAAGCGGGGCAAGCAAAGGUGGUGGAGAAGAGCCCGGGAAGUUGCCGGAGCAGGCAGAGGAGGAAUCCCAGGUUUUGCACGGAACUGGCCACUGUAAGUGGUUCAACGUGCGAAUGGGAUUUGGAUUCAUCUCCAUGAUAAACCGAGAGGGAAGCCCCUUGGAUAUUCCAGUUGAUGUAUUUGUACACCAAAGCAAAUUAUUCAUGGAAGGAUUUAGAAGCCUAAAAGAAGGAGAACCAGUGGAAUUCACAUUUAAAAAAUCUUCCAAAGGCCUUGAAUCAAUACGGGUAACAGGACCUGGUGGGAGCCCCUGUUUAGGAAGCGAAAGAAGACCCAAAGGGAAGACACUACAAAAAAGAAAACCAAAGGGAGACAGCAUUUCUUCUUGUGGAAGUCUGCUGGCCACAAGUUCUCUCAGAUGCUACAAUUGUGGUGGCCUUGAUCAUCAUGCUAAGGAAUGUAGUCUACCUCCUCAGCCAAAGAAGUGCCAUUGCUGUCAGAGCAUCACGCACAUGGUGGCGAACUGCCCUCACAAAACUGUGGUGCAGCCGCCCACCAGUUCUCAGGGAAGACAGGAAGCCGAGCCCCAGCCGUGCACUUCGACUUUCCCUCGAGAGGUGGGCGGAGGGCAUGGCUAUACGUCAUCACCGUUUCCUCAGGAGGUGAGGUCCGAGAUCUCAGAGUGGCCAGGCAGGUCACCUCCAGAAGCUUCCUCCACGAAGUCGUCUGCAGCACCAGAAGAACAAAGCAAAAAGGGGCCUUCUGUUCAAAAAAGGAAAAAGACAUAACCCUUCUUAACGUAUCAUUUUCUUUCCCCGGUUGGGAAGUCUACCUCAUGCAAGUACAGGGGAACCGUAUUUCACAAACAGCCGCUGACCUGGGGUUUUUAACUACUGUUGAGGAACUGUGAAUUUUUUUAAACAGACAAAUCACUCUAAGCAAAUUACCUUUGAGC